UAUACCCAGCGAGGUGUAGUAUAUAACUGUACAGCCAAAAUAAGAAACGUAGUGGGUUAUCUCGCUGCUGCAGAGCCGUUGUUUGAGAGUGUGUGUGCUGAUUUAUUAAAGACAGUGACAUUAUCUCGGUAGAGGACAUGCUGAAUUCACCACAGAAGCUGUUUAUUUCCUGAAAAGAUGUUUGCGAAACCGUUUCGUGUCAAAUCCAACACCGCAAUCAAAGGAUCAGACAGGCGGAAGCUCAAAGCUGACCUAUCUGCGGCCUUUCCUUCACUCUCUGCUGAUGAGCUGUCUGAGCUGGUCCCCAACAAAGAGGAACUGAAUGUAGUGAAGAUUUACGCACAUAAGGGAGAUGCCGUGACACUCUAUGUUCUUCACAAAAAUCCACUGUUCUUUGAACUGGAGAAACGACUUUAUCCUACAGUGUAUGUGCUUUGGCGUUACCCUGCUCUCCUGCCAACAUUUAGGACAUGGCCUCCUGUGCUUCAGAAGAUGAUCGGAGGGGCAGAUCUCAUGCUGCCAGGUGUGACGGUGCCUUCAAGUGGUCUCCCAGAUGUGAAACAGGGUGACUGCUGUGCUGUUACAUUAGUGAACAACAGAGCUCCUGUUGCAGUUGGCACUGCUGCAGUGUCCACAGGAGAGAUGCAGAGUUCGGGUAUGAAAGGAAGAGGAGUGUGUGUUCUCCACACAUACAUGGAUAAUCUCUGGGCUUUUGGGGACAAGUCAGGUCCUCCUUCUUUACCAGAUGCAGAGAGCAAAGGAGAAGGGGUGAACGGAGGGGAAUACGACGGUGAUGAGAUAGAGGAAGUGGAGGAGGAAGAGGAGGAGGUGGUGGUAGAGAAGUGUGCGGAGGAGGAGCAGAGUCCCAGUGAAAUGGUAACAGAUCAAGCCUGCUCUGUUAUUGAGGACCUGAGUCUGGCUGAGCAGGAGGAAGAGAAGGGUGAAAAGGGCGAUGAGGAAGAGGAGGGGAGCCAGGAUGACCAGAAAAUGCCCCAAGAGAUAAUGGACGCCCUGCUGUUGCAGUGUUUUCUCCAUGCUCUCAAGUGCAAGGUUAAGAAGUCGGAGCUCCCCCUGCUGACCAGCACAUUUCUCCGCAACCACAUGUUCUCCUGCUGCCCAAGUGGAAAGCAACUUGAUAUCAAAAAAUCCAGCUAUAAAAAGCUGUCAAAGUUUCUACAGGCCAUGCAGAAGCAGCAUAACCUUGUGCAAGUGAAGGAACUUACCAAGGGCGUGGAGAGCAUUGUGGAGGUGGACUGGAAAAAUCAAGAACUGCGCUCCUUUAAAGUUCCUGAGGACACUGUUGUUGAAACCGCUCCAGCGCAGGAUGGAGGGGAAGGAGAACUUCCGUACCAUCCACCUGGGAUCACAACUCUGUAUUCUGUGUCAGCUCGACUGGAGCCUCUCUUUCUGGAUGCAAAAAAGAGGAAAGGAACAGUACUGCAGCCUGCUGAAGUGAGACAUAUUGUCACAGAGUAUGUGAAGACAAAUGAACUGGUGGAUGAAAAUAAUAAGAAUUACGUGACCAUAAACCCUACUCUGUGUGACUGCUUGUUGGAGAAAUCGGAGUACCAGGAGGUCGAGUCUCUCAAGUGGGAUGACCUCUUUAGCAGGACGUUGGCAAGAAUGCAGCAGUGCUAUCAAGUUGUGUUCCCCGGACAAGCACCCAUAACAAAGAAGGGCCACAUUGAGCCCAUAGACAUCUCUGUGGCUUCUCGAGGCUCCAAUAAGAAGGUCACUCUUAUAAAGAACCUGGAAGUGUACGGUUUGGAUCCUGCUGUUGUGGCUACCGCUUUGCAGCACAGAGUCCAGGCCAGUUCAGUUUUACAGCCCAUCCCUGGAUCCAAGGACAAAGUCCUGGUCCAGAUCCAAGGAAACCAGAUUCAACAAGUUGGCAAUUUGCUGCUAGAUCAUUAUAAAAUUCCUCGAAAGUACAUCCAAGGACUAGACAAAGCUCCGAAAGGUGGCAAGAAGAAGUAACAUUUCAACCUGCUCUACCAACCACUUACUGUGGUUAAAGCUGCUUUACUGUAUGUAGACGCCAAUUCCAACUGUUGGCCAUUUGUGUAAUAAAAGUGGUUCAAUGUCAUCUUCUGAAGGUUGAUGAAUGAAGCCAUUUUGUUGUGUUUUGUUGUCCAAAACAACGUUACUCAAUGUAUUGGACUUAAUUUCUGCAGUGUUAGGUUGAUAUGUAAAACACAAUAACUGUUUGAGAAUCACAUGGUGCUGUCUUAAAAUUGUGUAUUCUGUGUUCAGCUUUUAACAAUAUAAAAACGUGCCUCACAAUGUAAAAAAUCGCGAAAUUUUACAAUUUUUAAAGGCCACUUUUGACAUUUAUUAGCAUUUUUUGACAGUGAACAAUGAAGAGAUGACAGGAAAUGAGAUGGUAGAGACAGGGAAUAACAGAUAAAAGGUACCUAGAUGUGGUUGUGCUUCCGGAUCUGUGCCCUAACUCAAGGGCCAGUAGCGCACCUUAAAUCAGCCAUUUUGAGUUCAUGCUAGGUGCAGUGGGACACCCAAAAGUCCAGGUAAAUGGUUCUAAUUCAACACAUUUAGUUUAAUUCAGUCAAAACACUGCAGUAAACGAAGAAACAUGGAAACAAUAAAGACUAGAGAACCUGUUUUAAAAA